CGAUUGGCUUCAGGUGCGGCUGGCGGCUACCAAUUCAUUCUCCAGAAAGUAUUGGCAACCCGCAACCCCGCUCCAGAAUUUUGACUGCGACUAACGAUCCGGAAGUGCAGGGGGCAUGAAACAGCUAUGGAAUAGAUCUCAGAAUCUUGUGAAUGAUCUUACUGCACAGAUAGAUUGCUAGAUCGGAGUGUUGUGAAUUAUAAUGGACAAUGGAGAUUUUCUCGAAUGCGGCCUUCUUGAUCAGAAUGAGAGCAGCAGAAUCCACACAGGAGAUGGUUCGGUUGACAGGAAAGGUAACCCUGCAGUGAAGAGCAAUACUGGAAACUGGAGAGUUUGUCCCUUCAUUCUUGGUACGGAGUGUUGUGAACAGUUGGCUUUCUAUGGAAUUGCUACGAAUCUUGUCAGCUACCUUACCAAAGAGAUGCACCAAGGGAAUGCCAGUGCUGCCACAAGUGUUGCCACUUGGCAAGGCACCUGUUUCCUCACACCCCUUAUUGGUGCUGUCUUUGCUGAUGCUUAUUGGGGAAGAUAUUGGACUAUUGCUGUCUUCUCCACUAUUUAUUUCAUUGGCCUGUGCACAUUAGCUCUAUCUGCAUCUGUUCCUGCUUUAAAGCCUGCUAAAUGUGUGGGUUCUUUUUGCCCUAAUCCCACUCUUUCGCAAUACACUGUGUUCUUCACUGGCCUAUGUCUUAUUGCACUGGGGGCUGGCGGGAUUAAACCCUGUGUGUCUUCAUUCGGUGCCGAUCAGUUUGAUGAAACGGAUUCAAGAGAGAGGGUCAAGAAGGGGUCCUUCUUCAAUUGGUUCUAUUUCUCCAUCAACAUUGGUGCUUUAGUUUCCAGUAGUUUGAUAGUGUGGAUACAAGACAAUGCAGGGUGGGGACUCGGAUUCGGUUUUCCUGCACUGUUCAUGGCACUUGCUAUUGCCAGUUUCUUUGCUGGAACUCCUCUUUACAGAUUUCAGAAACCCGGUGGGAGUCCUAUCACAAGAGUGUGCCAGGUCUUGGUUGCUUCAUUCCGCAAGUGGAAUGCAACAGUCCCUAUUGAUAGCAGCCUGUUGUAUGAAAGUCAAGAUAAAGUUUCUGCAAUCGAAGGGGGUCGGAAGCUGUUGCACACUGAUGAAUUAAGAUGCCUUGACAAGGCGGCAGUGAUAUCCGACUCUGAUCUGAAAACCUGGGGUUAUUCCAAUGCGUGGCGCCUCUGUACAGUAACGCAGGUAGAAGAAUUGAAAAUCUUGAUCCGGAUGUUCCCCAUAUGGGCAACUGUGAUAGUGUUCUCUGCAGUUUUUGCCCAGAUGUCAACACUGUUUGUAGAGCAAGGGAUAGUGAUGGACACUUCCAUGGGUUCCUCCUUCAACAUCCCAGCUGCCUCCCUCUCCUCUUUUGAAGUCAUCAGCGUCAUUGUCUGGGUCCCACUCUACGAUGCCAUCCUCGUGCCCAUUGCGAGGAAGUUCACCCGGAUGGAAAGAGGGUUCUCUGAAGUCCAACGGAUGGGUAUCGGGCUAUUCAUCUCGGUCCUAUGCAUGUCAGCUGCUGCGUUGGUCGAGAUCAAACGGUUACGGGUCGCCCGACACUUUGCCCCGGUCAACGAAGCGGUCCCCGCCCCGGUCAGCAUCUUCUGGCAGGUUCCUCAGUAUUUCUUGUUGGGCGCUGCAGAGGUCUUCACGUUCAUCGGGCAGCUGGAGUUCUUCUACGACCAAUCGCCCGAUGCCAUGCGGAGCUUGUGCAGCGCACUGUCGCUCAUGACGGUUGCGUUGGGUAGUUACCUGAGCUCUUUGAUUCUGACCGUGGUCACUUCGGUCACCACCCGAGGUGGCAAACCGGGAUGGAUUCCGGAUAACUUGAACGAUGGCCAUCUGGAUUACUUCUUCUGGCUCUUGGCUCUCCUAAGCUUCCUCAACAUGCUUGUCUACAUCUUCUGUGCCAACGCUUACAAAUCAAAGAAAGCUACGUGAUUGCCUAUAUUGUAAAGCCGCAUGUACACCUAGAGUUCAACAUCGGCCUUCCCUUCGUCGGCCUCCCCUUUAUUGGCGCGCCUCUUCCGAUCUAAUUGCCUUCAAUGAAUUGCCGGCUAUACCAAAAAAGUGGGAUAGCUGGCUGCACCGUAUAACUUGCGUCGCAUAUAUAUUCUCGCUAAACAGUUUCAUUAUUGAUUAAACUUUGUGAAAAAGUAAAUAAGAAUUUCUUUUUUAGGGGCAAGUAAAUUCUUUAUGUAUUC